UUUCUGCUGUCGUUUUGGCGGCUAGAGGUGCACUAGUAUCUUCGGCGAGAGGUGCGUUAGGGACGAUGGAGAGCGUCGGCAGUAAGGGCUGUUUGGAAAUCUGGACAGAGGAAAACGCCAAGUUGGUGGCAGAGCUGAAGAAUAUUUCUACCAAUACUGCAAAGUGGACAGACAUCUUGCGCCAGAACUUUGUUUAUUUCAUCAAACUGCUGGAGAAGAUUCAAGGAUUGCCCCCAACUGUCCCCAGUAUUCCCCUGGAAUUGACAGUUCUGUACAAUGCCAUUGUCUUAAACAUCAGUUUAUCUGAUGUUGUUUGUAAUGAUGACUCAUUAUUGCUGAAGGGUUUUACCCGAGGAUUAGAAGCGUAUGGUAAACAUUUUGAUGAACGAGGCAUCUUGAAAUUAUGGGAAAUGACAUUUCGGAGCAUCAGUGACCCAACCUUUAUUCAGACAGUUGAUCAGCUGAUAUACCUGCAAUGCCUGCUAUGGCUGUCGAGAAAUCAGCUGGAGGAUGUUGAGGUUGUGCUGCAUAUGUUAAGAGAGAGAAGCUCCUCGGUCUCUGGUGUGAAUAUACAGCAUGAUGAUUUGUGGCAGUGCAUUAAAACUGGUAACCUAUUGAAAGAUAGCAGUGGAAGUCAUCUUCUGUUGGUGCAGAGUCUCAGCACUCUAGGAAAGUUGAUGUACACCUGUGCUACAUUUUUGCGAGGGUUUCAUAAAGUAGAACAAGGUCAUUAUCUGGAAGCCAUUGAUAUCCUGCAGCCGGCAGCUGAGGGACUUUGCUCCAAGAGAAUUCUGGCAGAGAUCUAUACACUGAUUGGCUACAGUUCAGUACAAAUGGGCAGACCACAAACUGGAUUGCAGUAUUUUCGGUGGGCACUCCAGGCAGACAUCCAGUGUUUCCCUGCAUUGUAUCAUGCUGCAAUGGUCUAUCGGCAGCUGGAGAUCGUGGAAGCUGAACUAGAGGCCUUAAACCAUCUCUCUGUGCUUUUAGAAAGUUGGGAUCAAUCUAAGGAUGCCAAUCAUGUUGAACCUCAAAUAUUGAUCCAACCUGAACAACUAGUUCGGAUUCCUUCAACAAGUCAUUUGUUGACCAGUGUAAACCAAGUGUAUGUAAAACAUUCCCUGGCCAGAAGGUGUCUUCAAAUGGGAAGAACUGAAGAAGCAGCGGAACAUUACCUUGAUCUUCUGGCUUCGUUUUUUGAAGGAUCGCAAAAGGAAAUAUUUCUUGUAGCGGACAGCACAGUUCCUCGAAUUCCUGAAAUUUAUUUGGAAGCAGCAGUGGCUCUUUUGCAGUGCCAGAGAUAUAAUGAUGUCAUCACCAUUUGUGAGGAAAUCUCCUGCAAAAUGUCAACUUUACUUUCAGAAAAGUUAACGUUUGAGAUUAUUGUUACUGAAUGGCUGCCUAAAGAUUGUUUAGAAAGGACUGAAAUUGACAUGGUUUGCCAAAGUUCCCAUUCAGAACAUCUCAAUCAGUCACAAACACAUUGUGCCACAAAGAAAGAAACACUCAAUUAUAUCCUGUGGAUGGCGACUGCAUUCUUAUAUCAAGCUCAAGCUUUUGCUCUCUUGAGAAAUAAUAAGGAAUCACUAACUAACUUUAGCCGAUGUGUUAAUUUGCUCCUUAAAGUUCAAGUUGUUGGUCCUUCUGAUUCAGGACAGCCAAAUAAUCAGAUUGAUACUUUGAAAGAGAACAUAAUGGAAAUUAAAUACUUGCAAAAGCUGAAAUCGUUGGCUUUUGUGGGAAAGGGAAUGCAGCUGACAGAAAGAGGUCAAGAUCGAGAAGCUCUGCAGAAUUUUCAUCUGAGCUUACAAGCUUGUUCUGAUAGCAUGGAAGCAGCAUAUAAUCUCGUACAAGUUCUGUGGAAGCUUAAAAGGAAGGAUGAAGCUGUCUCUUUCUGGAAAAAAUACUACAGCUCAACGAAAGCAGCAGCUGAAAAGGUGCAGCAAGCAAGUGGUUCCCAAAAAUUCCCCUUAUUCUUGAUUUCUCAUCUCAAGGAAGUAAGUACUUCAGAGGAAGAAGCAGUUUCUAAAAUGGUACAUACACAUUACAUCCAUCAUUCUAAAGAGAAAUCAACGGCAGAGUUUCUGAGACCCAUGUCUUAUUUAUGAUCUUCAUACAUUAUCCAGGUCCAUCUGAAAGAAAACAGUAUGGAACAUACUAGAUAAACAACCAUAUUAAAUUAUUUUGAAACAAAGA